AUGCAACGGCAACGUGACUGUCUGCCUGUCAGUCGGACCACCAACACCACCAAUUCAACUUUUAUCUUCGGCCGUUCCGCCAAUCUCCCAGCAGCAGAAGGACCAACUGCAGGCGAUCUCUGCCUGCAUGACGGCCAGUCAACGGACCGACACUAUCUCCGCCCAGCGACAGGAGCAUUUGACUCGUCUUGUCGGUGGCAUCUUCGGCGAAUUAGCGCUCGCCUGUCUCGUUUUUUGACUGCUAGUGCAACUGCGGCAGUGGAUACGACACUUCCGCAAACGCAGGCUCCGCAGGUUGCAGACUCAAGUAACGAUAGACGGUCGGAGACGGCAGAUUUGGCUUGCCUCGAGAACGGACACAUUGGGCUCUCGGGCCCCGAAGGUGUUUAG